AUUACCACAUAGACACAGCGGAAUGAGCGAAACAUAUCAUUUCGAUGAGGUGUUUCCCGCCGAUAAGUCGUAAGAAUGGAACGGGGUAAGAAUUUGCCGCCGAAGAACACGAAAUCAAAACCUCUUGGCUUUUCCGGAGAUUUUAUUGCUCUUGGGCCAAAGCAAAGUAGAGCUGAGACAGUUGAUGCAAAAAAAUCGGCAUCUUCCACUUCAGGAGGGCCCUCCAAACCAAUACAGACUCCUCUUCCUUCAUUGGGUCCCUCAGAUAAAAAGCGUGAAGCAGCCCCAACUCCAUUGUCAAGCUCAUCCCAGAUUCCAGCCAAGAAGUUGAAACCUGGAAUUACCAAUGCAGGAACAUUCACUGCUUUAGGAAGGCCUUUAAAAAUAGUUGAUCCACCCAGUCCAAGUUCUAGUGGAAAUAGAUUAGAGCCAUGGGAAGAUGCUGCUAUUGAGGUUGAUGCAUCUGAUUUGUUGAAUGUGAUUGGAGAAGCUGAAAGUAAUGAAGAUGAAGAAAGAAUAGAAGCAAUCCUUUGUGGAUCUGUUAAGCAAUUGAAAACUUUUAGUUUGAAUCAACGAAACAAAGUGGAGCCUAUUCUAGCAUUAGCCCUCGUCUAUUUGGCUAAAUGGCGAUCACACUACUUCAACACGGAAUUGAUCGUUGAAGCUCUGCUGGUCUUGUUGAAGCGGGAUGUUACGGCUAGCAUUGGUCCCUUCAAAGGACGAACAACUGCCGCGGCUGCAUCCCUGGCUUGCAAUUUGCUGCUGUCUGGGUUAGAAGAAUCAGCAGAAUGGCCGGAAUCUUUCUUGAAAGUUUUUGUGGAAGAUUCAGUUGGAGAACGCAUCUGGGUCGAUCGUGAAGAAUGUCAGGGAUUUGUUGAGAAUAUCCUGACGGCAUUCAAUACCAAAGUUCCUUCUAGGAACAUUCUUCAACAAGAUAGUAGUACUGCCAGUGGUCUUGGGUCUUCUGGCGCAGCUAAUUCCCCUAGUAUCAAUUCGCUCGGAGUCCUCGGUCUUGAAGAUGAAGCCAGCGUUGAUUCAGAUAACAGUCAAGGUGGACUGCUACGAGGUACAACUCAGCUAGAUCAACAGCAGGUGCGAGUUAUUCCACGUUUUAACCAUCUUAAAGACAUGGCAGAAGCGCUUGUCAUGGAAAUAGUGAACCAACAUUUAAGCAGACGACAGCAGCCGGCGUCUGAUCUAACUACGAGAAACUUCCUGAAAUUCAUGGCGUCAACUUCUGGUUUACCAGCAGUGCGAGCGCAAGCUGCCCAGCGAUUAGAAAUGUGGCUCUCUAAUCAAAAACUUGUGAGACCAGCCACUGAUCUUUUGCUGUCAGUCUGCCUAAAUUGCAGCACUGAAGUUCAAACAGAUACGGAUGUUCUGAAUGCUCUUCUUCGUUUGAGAUUGAAGAGUAAACCGCUGCUUCAGUCGUAUUUAACUUGUUUCAAAGAACUGGUUGAGCAGCAGGCCGAUCAGCUUCCUCUGAUUGUACGAUUGCUGAUCUUCAAUGAACUUUCACCUUCGCGAGGACCCAAUAAUAUGGCAGUACUAGCAGUAUUAGUUCAGCCUUGGCCUGAUCGUGCUGCUACCAUUUUAGCGGACGUGUUUAUGGAAUUGCUACUUAAUCGUGAUGAUUAUCUACGGGCUCUCAGAGCACUGUUGCGUGAAGUUGUGCGCGCUCUCCGCCACGACUUACCUUUGGUAACAUUCUGUGCAGCUCUUCUUCAUGGAUGUAUGCAAGACAGGCGCAAAGCUGCAAUCAGAGAAUUCGAGUUCAAGGAUCGGCUAUUAAAUUCGUUGGCGGAUUUGACCACGUUGUGCAUUUUCCUGGCUAUCAGCCCAAGUGUACGUGAAUCUGCAUCGUUGGUUGCUCGUGGGGAUUUGAGAGAGAUGGAACUCUUCCGACAGUUUCAUGUGCAAGCAUCUGCCGUACAAAGAGAAUCAAUCAGCUGGUUGCACGUGGCCAUUCCAUCAAUAUUUGAACCUAAUCGCGCCGACUAUAUUCACUGCCUUCGAAAGGUGUUGUUCAUGGAAACUGCAGAGCACUAUUACAAUAAAGAUGGUUGGCCACCUGAAUCGGAUCGAGCUAUUAUGAUACGGCUGGCCUCUGAAAUUCCCGUUAUGGAGGAAACACUACUACAAAUUUUAUUGAUCGGAUUGUCAAAAGAUCAUCCGUUGACCGCUCCGGAUACAUUGGAACUGGCAGACCAGUUACUAAGACGCUGUGCAGCUGUUCAUAAUCAAGGUUUCUUGAUGCUUGAGGCUAAUAAUCAAGACAUUUUUGACAUGGUUCUUCGACUUACUGCCUAUCACUAUCCGGAAAAUAUUGCCUUGCCACCGGGCUACGCUCCGCCAAAUUUGGCAAUUAGUACUCUUUAUUGGAAGGCUUGGCUGAUGCUUUUGAUGCUGAUUGCACAUAAUCCUGGCAGCCUUGGAUCCGAGGCCUGGAACUCGUUUCCUACGCUUCGUGCGUUAAUGGAAAUGUGUAUUACAAACGAUUUUACUACCUCUUCUGGCUCUACGGACCAGACAGAGCUGCAAAUGGCAGCGAUCGAGAAGCAAACCAUCUUGGAAUUUGAAACACACUUGGCAGCCGCCUCAACUAAAACAGUUAUUACCGAGAAUAAUUCGUUACUGCUCAGCCAAUUGACGUCACUCGAUCCACGAGGUCCCACUCGUCGCCCACCUCCGGCGGUCAUUGAACAACUUCGAACUCUAAACACUACUCUGCGACUGGGUCAUCUUCUUUGUCGUAGUCGCCAACCGGACUUUUUGCUUGAAAUCCUUCACAGGCAAGGAGCUGCGCAAUCAAAGCCUUGGUUGGCAGAAUUGGUCGAAUCCAACGAAGGCGCGUGGAACGUUCUACCUGUUCAAUGCCUUUGCGAAUUCUUGCUACAUGAAGCAGCUGAAGAUCUACCAGCUAACGAUGUUGUAGAUGAUAGCAAGCAACAGCUGGGCAAACGCAAAGAACGUCGGCAUAAACAUCAACAGUUGGUGCAGCAUCUCAGGUUAUUGUUAACUGAUCCGGACCAACUACCCGAAGCCUGCCGUGAAGUACUAGACUACUUAAUGAGACGCUUGAGUGCUCAGAAAGCUCUUUCGCGUCAUCAAGCUCUUACCGCGCUGAGUGUAGUCUUGGCUGUUAAAGAAGAUGAUAUCAGCAUGAGCGAUGGGGUUUGUUCUUCAGACGGGGCGGGAGGCGAAUCUCAAUUCGCGUGGCUCGUUCAUCAUUUGCCUACCAUACCCCACUUUCAGGCCGUACGUCCUGCAGUGAUUGCCGCCCUACGUGCUGCCUUCCUGGUUGAAACGCAACCCCAAGCCGUAGCGGCGUACUUGAGAUUCUUAUCUACCUGCGCAUUGGAGGAACCAAUUCAGGAUCAAGCAGAUCUUAGCUUGGAUUUGGCGCAAGUAAUUGUAGAGCGUAGCAGUUUAAUUGCUGCUCUUUUACCUUCACCGUCAAAUAAAACACAACAAGCUACAAAAACGUUGGAAUGUUUGUUACAACUUUUUUGGCACUACCUCCUUAAAGCUCGAGAACCAAACAAAGGAGCGUACACUUGGUCGGAGAAUCAAGAUCAAGUUCUAAUACAAUGGCAAACUGGCGAGGCCGCUUCACUUCACAUUCUGGUCGUCCACGCCAUGAUUAUCCUGUUGACCUAUGGAGCCCCUCAACUUGAACAACAUUCGACCUGUUUCGAACGACUGUUAGAAAUUUGGUUUCCUGCCAGCGGUGUACAACCUCAGGCCUACUUAGUUGAAACUACUGAAGAAGCAUUCCUUUACCCCGACUGGCUUAAACUUCGUAUGAUUCGAUCCCCGGUUGAUGUUCUGGUAGAAACGGCUUUAAAAGAUCUGGAGCCGGCCCAGCUGAUUCUCUUCAUUCAGUCCUUUGGCAUACCUGUAUCAUCCAUGUCAAAACUUCUGCAAACUCUUGAUAGGAUGGUACACGAGAAUCCUUUUGCUUUUGUAGAGGUUGACAUGGACAAAGUUUAUAUUCAACAACUACUGCAGAUUCAAUGGGCGAGGGGAGCACGAGGUGGAUUGCAUUUUGCUGACAUUAUGCAGUUAGUAGAUCCGGAAUCUCGUCCAAUUGUGGAUAGCAAAGCGUUUAACCUCUCAUUGCGGCCUCCAUUGGAUAUUUCGUCCGUUUCAUCCAAUAUGAAUUCAACAUCGACUGGUUCAGUUAUAACUGUGGAUCAUGCGUCCGCAGUUCUGCGUCAGCUAUUUGACAUCAAAACAGUUAUUAGACUCAGCCAACUGGAGAAAAACAAAGCCUAUCGAAUGUUAAGCAAUGCGUUAACUUUUGAAACGCGUGCCUCCAGCCGGCCUUCAACAGAGGCUUGUGCCGUCGCUUUGGAUAAUCUGCUGGUGUCUGCUAGUGGAUCGCGGAAUGAUUUUGAACUUUUGUUGGCAGCGCUAGAGCGUCAACCCGCUUUUUCUUGUGGCUUGCUUCGGCUUUUGACCUCAGCUGCUACUUCAUCAACUGGAUCUUUAAUGAGAAAUGGAUGCCUGCUGCCGACUGUCACGAAUAUUUGCCAAAAAAUAGCUCCAGUUAGUCCCGACGGACAUUCUUCGUUAAAAAGUAUUGCCCUUCAGUUUGUCAAGACCCGUGGAUUGUUACGGUCCGAAUCAACACCUGCUGAUCUCAACACGCUGGAUCUGUCCUCAAAACGCUUGGAGCGUCAUUUACAACAACUGGCCGCUCGUGCGUUGGAGACAAACGACACUCGUUCGCUAGUUAAAAGCAUCGUCAGUAAUUUGAGCCAAAAUGGUUCCAAGGAGAAGUCUGCAGGCCUUUUAGUCGAUUGGAUGGAAUUGUUAGAUCCUGAAAUUAUUACAGCCCAGCCUGAUCUCGAAACGCGUUUAUUGUUCGGCAAAACUUUGCAUCCGCCAUCCUGCCGCCCGUACGGUCUUGCAAUGCUAGUACACCAGGCCAGUUGGGCUACACUACGCAAAUGCAUUCAUAAACUGCUUAGCACCCGCGAUGGCGACACUUUUGAACCAAAGGUUGUCCUGGAUUUUCUAUCGGCUCUGAUCAAAGUACCCAAACUCUGGCAGGGUAGAGAUAAGCACGUGCCGAAACAUCAACAGCCAGAAGAGCUGCUUAACCUAAGUCAUCAACAGUUGUUUCGAUUAGCUGAAUAUAUCAUGAGUGAAUUUGCUGGGCAGAGCUGCAAUGAGAACAAGAAACAUGCUCAGCACUUGCUUCAAGAACGGAGUCAAUUGCUCCUCUCCUGUUGCGGUGGUUCCUCAAAAGUGGAAGUGUUGUUGGCCCGUGAUGUGGCAAAUCUGGCGUGCAGUGCCGUGAAGAGUGAGCGGCAGAUAGCUGCCCAGCAAUUAUUGCUCCAGCUUUACGUUCGAGCUCCUCAUAUUAUUACACGACUACCCAAAACAUCUUUUGCCGAAUUUGACGGAAGCAAAACCUUAUUGACGGCCGUUCCUUGCGCGAUCGAUUCCAUGGCCUUGACGCUAAUUUCUUCCGUUACGUCCCCACAACCUGGCAAAGACGGUGCCAGAAAGAUGGCCGACUACGAGUCAGCACUCCGCAAAAUGGCAGCCACUCAUCCACUUUUACUAUUGAGACAGUUCUCUUGCCUAGCGGCAGCACUUCGAGGACGUUCUCACCUGGACGUGUUUGUUUUGCGUUCGCGGAAUUAUCUGAAUGUAUUUUCGUGCGUUCUUGGAAUAGCUCAGCAACUGAGCGCUAACCUGUUUACCCCAGAUCAUCGUGAAGCCCUUGAGGACAUGUUGAACUCAUUCUGGUGCCUAUUUGGCAACCAGCGCGCAGUGAAAGAGUCGAUUGGCCCAUUACUUCAGAAAUUCCUACAGUUUUUACUGGAUUUUGUGGCGACAGCCCCUUUCGCCGCAUCGCACUGCCUGCAACAGCAUGUGCCUUUAUUGCAUGAUCUCCAGGUGACCCAUCCGGAGAUGACGGCUAUAAAGGAUCUCUUGUCGGCGUUAUCGCGACCUCGACCCACUGAUAACGAGGAGGACCGCCAGCCGGCAAUAGUCCCAACCCGCCCCAGCAUCCGACUAGGUCCCAUUCUGGCCAGAUUACGUCAAUCUGAUAAUUACGAAGAGGUGGUUGCUGUGCUUCAAGAUCUGGAGAACGUCUGCGGUCGAGUGGUUUGCGCUCCGCUAGAAGGAGCUGUUGCAGAUUUGCGCCCACUCAUGUCGUCGUCCAACCAAACAGUCCGCAACAUGACGUACAUGCUCAUCUUACGCUACCUGAAAGAAAGUCCGAAUGCGUCCACUGAUUUAUUACCGGAUUAUCUGGACUGUCUGGAUAAUCGAAAUGCCGCUGUCGUCACAACAGCCCUAGAACGCUUACCCGAUUUCCUACUACUUUGUCAAGAAAACGGGGAUGUCUUGAUUCAAAAAGCGUUCAAUCUCGCAGUCGAAAGCGGUUACAACACGCUAACCAAUCUGAGUGAAGCUGUUAUGCUCCUGCAACACCAAAUGGGCACAUAAUAUUUGUAGUGAAACCGGUUACAAUUUAUGGUGGGUUUUCACUACAUAAUUUUUUUUUUUAUUAUUCUUUUUUUUUUAUUUUGUUUUAGAAUUUCCGACAAAUUUGUGGUUGAAAAUUAAAACUAAAAAAAAAAAAAAAAAUAUAUAAACAGCAAAGAAAUUCAACGUCAUCAACGAUGUAUUUACACACAUUCCGCUAUACGUAGAACAUGGAUAAUGGGAAUUAAUCAGAGAAGAUUUCUACGAAAUAACAUGAAGCGCACGUUGUUUGAAAAAAAAAAAACCCUUUUCCUUAUUUAACGAAUGUCUGAUGUUUUUUUCUUUCUUUCUUUGGGGUGAGGUAUAUUUACACACCAAUGGAACGCCGAAGAAAAACCCGGAAGCCUUAUUUGUUCAUCGGGAAAAAAGAAAACAGAAAUAGCUGAUAAUUUUGAAUAUAGUCAAGAUAGAACGAGAGGGCGCAGCAGCAAAAAGAAGGAUAACAAAGCGUUUUGAGAGUUUUUUUUUUUUUUGUUAUUAUUAUUGUUGUUGUGAUUUAGUAGACCAUAACUUCGCAUAGAACAGAGAAAAAGAGGCGAGAUUUGCGGGUGGCCACGGCCGAAGCUCGGAUGUAGAGAUAGCGACCUCGAAGAUCAUCUUGGCACUGGAUAUGGAUGCGUGGCUGGAAAAGGCUGUCAUUAUUGCGAUUGACCUGACCACAAGACCCUUCGGCGAGCAGAUCGGCAGUCUCCAAACGAGGUUUGUUGGACACGUACACAGUAAGUUUCUCUAAAUUGGUCUGGUAGUCACGGUAAGUGGCCGUCUUGUCUGUUGACAAAUGGGAUUCUAUUUCAUUUGAUUGAUUUAUUUUUAAGACUCGUUAUUGUUGAUUACCUUGACCUUUACCCUGCCAAGUAGCAAUAACAACACCGUUGAUGUUGUGUUUCUUGCCAAGAUCGACCAUCCAAACAGGAUUUUCCACAAAGUAAUUGUCGAGAAUGGCGCAACGAUGUAGGGUUGCGUCUGAAUCGCCGUCCACUGCCAGCGAAGCCCGUCCGUAUUUCCAAUCUUUCCACAGAUGGCGCUUGUCAUUGAGCCACGUAUUGUGGUGAUAGGCCAAGUUUUCCACUGCAAGCGCAACAAAACACAGUGAUGGCAUUAGAUACAUGGAAAGAGAUCCAUAUCAAGCGGAUUGCAAGCGAUCAAGCAGGCAACAUUGGAAAUGGUUGGGAAAAGGAAAAAGAAAAAAAAAGCUUUUUGUACGUCAUCGAUCAAACCGUAUGUGUUGGCUGUCGUUAGAGUUAACAAAAGAGAAGACGCAAUGGAAUGAAGAACACACAAAAAAAAAAAGGGAAAGUAUUUUUUUUCUCUUUAUAUUUAUAUAUAAAUAGGAACGUACUACAUCCGGAGACUGCGUUGACGUGGAAGAAUCCCGGGCCGCAGUCACCGCCUGCUUUGUGAGGGCAACCCAGCAGGGCGGCGCGUAAGCCGAUGCCAUGCCGCCAGGUCAUUGGAUGAAGACGGACGUAUCGGGCACUGAAAGGAUGAUUGAGCAAAUAGCCGAAAAAUGGAGAGACAAAUGUUAAGCAAAUAAUAUAGGAUUAGGUUGCCUCCGAGUGGAAAGAAACCAUUUGAGAGCGGGACCUAUGCGACUAAACGGAAAGGUCAACACUGUCUUGGGAACGGCGAGGCUGGCUUUAUGGGCAAGCAGAAAAACUGGUCCACUUGGAGGGAAGUAAAAGACGGACUGCAAAUAAAGAUGUCGGCACAAUAGACACCCAACUGCUGAGAUGAAUUCAUGGCAGUAAAUGACUUUUGGAGAGCAGAAAAAAAAAAAAAAGGCCGACAACAUCCUCAACCGAAAAGCCCUUUGAGAAGUUACGACCCACUUGAAUGCCAAAAGAGAGGCUUUGACACACGGGCAAAUACUUUGGGCACGAAGCGCCACCACCACGCGAAGAAAGAGAGUUUGCUAUGACUUGUGCUCAAUAUUUGGUUGUGGCUCAAAUCCUCAUCUUUAUUCUCUCCUACUUUCUGCGCCGAGAAAGCCAGCCAUGGUGUAGUGGAGGCAUCAGAGUCCCAUUUGAAUGCGCUUUUAGCAAUGAGCGUCGCCAAUACUAUCCGUGUAAAUGGAGAGUAUGAAAGGAAUCAGAAAGCAAAAGGAGCCACUAGAGAUAACUAAUGUCCCCCGAUGGUUAGCCUCUCUUUAUCACUGCCCAGCCGUGAACGUAAGAAGAAAAAGAGGCGAUAAAUUCUAUUAGACGUAGAUGGAUCGAGGUGGUUGCCGUCGCGAUAGGAGAACCAUAGGAGUGUGUCGUUGCUGUACGACAGAGUGUAGGAGCUGACCCAGGAAACGUGGUGACGUUGUUUGCUCUCCCAUCCGCCAUGGCCGCGUGUCACGACGCCCGUAAUCUGUCUGGGCGGACCCAAGUCGUAUUGGAUCCAUUGAUCCGCUAAUUUAUGACAUAGACAACAGCAAAGAAAUGAAAAAUGAAGCGCACCAUCCCGUAUGGCUGAAUAGGUGAGCAGAGUCCGGCUGGCAGCUGUGCUUUUUGGCCGCUGUUGGAACGGAACUGGAAGUCAAUUUGACGUUUGGCGAUUCAGUAAUGACCUGGUUACAUUCUGCGUUGAUUUGGAUUGAAUUUUAAAUGAGGUACUUGGAAGAGAACAAGUUGAGAAAUCUGAAAAGACCUUGGCAACCGACAAUUUCCAGCCGGAGACUGGGCCGACCUCUCCACUCGAUGACGUGCAGCCGCACGAAACGUGUUUGAAGUGGCGGAUCGAGCAGGUUGUAUCGGACGCUGGAAGCGUCGACGUUGCCGCGAUAAACACGUCGAUUUCCAUUGCCAUCGACGACGUAGCUCCACUUGAAAGCGUCAACGCUAUAGGAGAUGCUGUAGGCGCUAACCCAUUCAUCCGCUUCCUCUCGUCCCUGCGUCAUCAGUCCCGUGACCUGCCAUUGAAAUUCGUUUUUCCAUUUAUUUCCAGACGUUCAGAUGCAAACUUGAUACUGAUAUCGCUAAUAGACCUAUCGAAUGGAAACAACAAAGAAAUCGGAGCUUAAACUGCGCCAGACCUGUGAUAUGACGCCCAAGUCAACCAGGAUCCAUUCGCCGACGGAACGAUGUUUAGCGCACCAGGCUUUGUUCCCACUUUGAUAGAGCCGUGCGUACUUUGGCUGGCACGAACCACCUUGAUUGUUGUACAUGCCAACUCCACCGCCUGCUCCCUGGCUGCUGCUGCUGCUACUGCUACUGCUUGCAAACUCCGUCAGAUCGCCCACGCCCGUCCAUUGGGAACUGGAUGCAAUUUGCCAAUCUUGGAUCGAUCCGGAGCUCAUUCCCAAUAGACGAGGGCAUUCCGUCGUCGAGGCCGUGUCUGCAGACUUGCCUGUAAAAUGCACUCCCCCCGCGCAAGUCGAGUAUGUAGUAGAUACGUUCAAUAAUCUAACAAGACGGAAGAAAAAGAAAAAAAGUGAGCUCACCUGUGGCGAGAUGAACCGAUGAGGUCAGCUGAACGAGGAGGAGGAAGCUGACAACAAGGCAAGACUUUUCGAGAGUGAGAUGAAACGAUCGGCCACAAUUCUUCGUCAAGCAUUCACCGGCACGGGACAUUGGACUCCUGCUGCGUCUAGCUGGAUCAACCCAGCCGCUUCUUCUGCGACCGCUCAGUUUCUUCUACAAAGGCACUUGAUGGUAAAGGAUUGAGGCGGGAUCGAAUGAUGGCUGUUGGAAGUCUUGAGAUUUUGGGCGAGGAAGAUGACAGAAAACUCAUCCAUCCAUCGCAGUCGUUUGAAAUUUCGGGGGAGGUUAAACCACAGGGCGUAUGAUGACACCGGAAGGGGAACCCCGUGACGACGUCUUCAGAUGCUGCUGCAUUUUGUCUGCACGCUAGAGGGACCGGCAGUCAAGUCACAUGACGAAUGUAUCCUCUUUUUUCUUUCUCCGAAUCCCUCAGCUACCACAUCAUCAUCCCUGCAGAGAUGGGUGUCAAUUCCAUGACUUUCUCUUACUGUUUAUCUUUAUCCAAUAUCAACAACGUACUCCGAGGAUUGCACACAAGCAGAAUGGCAUAAGCUUCAAAGGUCACGUUAUCCGUGUAAAUCAAUCAAUUAGCGCGUGGUGCUAGAGCGAAAUUGUGCAGUGAGAUUGAAGAUAAGAAAGAAAAAAACAAAAAAACAAAAGGAGUGUAGUUGUUAUUUAUAGCAACAGCAGGAGCACCAAGCACUCGAUCAAUUACACACUAUACAAGUCCAGUCUUUUCAAGAUGCAUUCCAGUCGGCCGCCGGUCAAACCGACCUCCAUGGCCAUCAAUCACGCCGGACAUGUAACCAGAACCUUAUAAAAUUAAAAAAAAAAGGAAAACGCUUUCCAACAGCUGCCACCCUAUUUACGACUUGGAUUAUAGUAUUAAAGCCAAAAAAAAAAAUAACAAAGAAAUAAAAAUGUCUGAUGUAUUGAUGAAAUUACCCAUUGUGAUGAGCAGCGUGAAACGCCGCAUCCGUCCGCGGGAAUCUUCACGCUGCUGUGCUGACACGAGGCUUCAAACCGAGUGCUGUUUGUUUCAACAACGUGGCCAUUUAACCAUGUUAGUAAUUUCUUAUUUUCGAUUCGAUUAUUGUUACUUGGACGAAGCCCUUAUCCGUCUUCUCAGUUGGAUUCCUGACAAUCAACAAAAACCGGCUCGACAGGUUUCCUCUUCCUUUUAUUUAAAUUUCUUAUAGUGUUAUCUGUCCUUUUAAUUUUGUUGUGUAAUUUCGUCUUCGUUAACCAUAGCCCCCGUAACUAGAUAAAUCAAAGUGGGAGGAUUCGUAGCGAGCCGGCCGGCUUCGUAUCCCUUCCUCUUUGUAUACUGUUUAGAUUGUUUUGCGAUUCCUAGACAGCAAUUCGUAUAAUGAUGUAGAUGAGAGAUAAGUGGAGAAAGGGUAAAACGCAUUCUUGUUUCUUAUUACAGGUUCACGCAGAGAUGAUUCGUUUUCUCUGAUUGCGAUGAAAAUUGAUGGCCUCGAGGCUGCUCUUCUUUUUUUGAGUCGCUAUGCUUGUCUCGCGGUGAUGGGUGGUUCACAAAUCAUCAGAGAACUAAAGUGAUGCUUUGUAUGAAUCUUGAUUUUUUUUUUUUUUGGGGGGGUUACUCUUUGGUCUGCGCGACACGCAACAGUUAACCAUCGGGAAAUUCUAAACUCGUGCUGCUAUCCCUUUAUUGUGGUAUGUUUUUAAAGCUAGUUUUUGGAAGUAAUUACUCUCACAUUUUAAGUGCGUGAUCAACUUGGGGCAUUUUGGCAAGCGUUCAGUUGUUCCCUUUUGAUUAAAUCGAUUAAAUUGAGGUGUCAGAUUACGUCGCAAUGUAGACCCAUAAAUUGACUAUUAUGAUUAUUUAAUCUAUUUUGUUACAUAGUACUUUUUGCAAUGAUAACUUGAAACGAUUGACACUAGUCUACUGAAAACUAAACGUCGUACAAAUUAUAACUAUUAAAAAACUACUAAUUGAAAAUAUUUAGAAGUAUACUUGUCUGCCAUCUAACGACCUCUUUUUGUAACUAGACUUUUGUGUACGGGUAAACCGUGCGUUGACAUUUGACGUUUGGGGUCAAUCCGCGCGGAUUUGACAAAUCCGAUGCGCGACCAAAACUCGGAUUUCGUUGAAAUUUGAUGUCUUGAAAAUUCGCAGCAGUGGCACCACCUACUUCAAAACCCAACUUUAAACCCAUCCAGUCUCCCACCUCUCCAUAAGAGAAGUCCGACUUUUUUGUAAAUUGUAUUGUGUUUUUUUAUUGUCCUUGAAUUUAUUUCAUGUAGCAACAUACGUGUUAUUGAAAAAAAAAAGUUGAAGUCGGGAUUAUUUUCUUGGCAGAAUUUCCGCUAGAUGGCAAUGCCAGUGAGAGUACUUCUCAAAACAAUGGGCAAAAUUAAAUUAGUCAAACGGUUCGUCUGCUUCGGAAAUAGUUAAUCUGCUUCAAGAGUCGGGUUGAUGUAAGCACUUUCAGGAUUGAAGGAUCUCAAUAAAUAUGAAAGCCAGCAUAUUUACAAGUUGUAAUUCAGAAGUUGAACAGCCAUUAUUCACCCUGAAAGCCUUCAACGGGAAGAAUGCUUGGCAGGGAAUGUGAGUGAAAGACACCAAAUUUGAGAUUUGUGAGAUGCACCUGAUAAAACGAGAAGGACACAUUUUUAGGUAGUGGCAACUGUAUGGCAAACACUUUGCAAGAUAUGUUUAUAUGUUACUCUCAACUGGACAUAGAGAAUCACUUACAGCGUACCCUUAUCACCAGAAAAAAACCAUCCUCACCAUUAUCACCAGAAACUCAUAGCUGUGAGGUAGAGCGACUGCCUACGGAAGUCGAAAGUAAUGAGUUCAAAUCGCAAUUAAAUUAUAUGUUUGAAUAUGUUCUGUAUAGUUCGAUGAUCGUAUGUUAAUUUUAAUUUACUUUCAACCAACAUUA